AGGGGUUAGUUUCGGGUGUUCAGAUCACUUCUGCUCAGUGACUCAAACGUAGCAUAAAGCAACAGCGUUCUUUAGAUAAAUCUGAAUAGUGUUUUCUAAAGUAAUAAUUGUAGUAAAGUUUUAUCAAAAUGAGCAAGGUUCGUCAUGAGUUUACACCUUACUAUCGAUCAGAGAGCAAUAUGAAAAUAGGAUACACGGAUACCCCUGCAGAUAGAAGAUACAAACAGUGUACCCUUGUAUUCUGUAUCAUGGCUAUUCUUGUAUCUAUAACGAUGAUUAUAGUAGGAUCUAUAUAUGCUGCUCCAUUAAGACGACCCAUAUACGAUUCAGGAUGUCCUGGUGAGACCAUGUUACCCUGGUAUCUAGUUAUAGCAGGGAUAAUUACUAUUGCUUUAGUUCUUAUACGGAUACUAAUUAUACAGUGUUGUGAUGUAUGCCGGGGGAAUGAUGGGCGGGGCUGGAAGGAGGUUGGAUGCACUGUCUGUAGAGUCUCCUUUAUCACACUUUAUGACAUACUUGCCGUGGCUGGAACUACUUUAUGGUUGAUUGCUGGCACAAAGUUCCUCUUGGGAUUGCAUGAUGUAGUUAAUUUUGCUACUCAUCGACCUAAUCAGGACACGUGUGACGAGGUGGUGUUUAAGUUUUCUGUGUACAUAAUUAUUCUUGGCUGGUGUACUGUUGUACUGCUUACUCUCAUCAUUGUCUGUACAAGAUUCUGCCAAUGUUGCUGCUACCUAAUAUGCUGUAAACCCUGCAAAGAACCAGCAACAAGAGAUGUUUAAAACAUAAAUAUAUGUUUGGGUGGAUUCAAUAAACGUUAAAUUGUACUAAAUCGA